AUGUUGUCCGGAGUGCAGCCGUGCUUCCAGCUGCUGCGGAUCGGCUCGUCCGUGGGGGAUUCGGCGAAGGACUUGUACACGUUCAGGCCGGUCCUGAACCAGUGCAUCUUCAGACUGGGGCGAGCUCCGGAGCUGUGCGACGUCACCCUGGAGUCGGCCAGCGUGUCCCGGAUCCACGCCGAGCUGCACGCCGAGCGGGAGACGGCGGCGGGAGGGGCGGCCGCCACCAUGACCCAGGACGAGGGAUGGAGGGUUCACGUCAAGGACCGGAGCAGUCACGGCACCUGGGUGAACGAGGUGCGGCUGCAGCCCGGAGUCCAGUGGGAGCUGUCGGACGGGGACACGCUCACGUUUGGAGGAGAAUCCGCUCCAGGAAGUCCAGAGUUCUACUUCCUCUUUCAGAAGGUCAAAGUUCGCCCGCUGGACUUUGACGCCAUAACUAUUCCUAAGGGCGGGACAUUCUCCUCAGACUUCCAGAACCGCAUCAGGACGAACCAAGACCGAAAGCCGCCCGCGAACCUGGACUUGUCCAAGCUGUCCCUGAACCGGGCCACAGUGAUCCUCAACUCCAUCGGGAGCCUCAGCAAGAUGAAGGGCAGCGCCUGGACUUUCAAGAGGAGCCAGAGUCUGGGCUCGGACCCGGCGUCAGACCCCGGCUCCUCCGCCUCUCCCCCUCUGGCUGUGGGCUUCUCCUCCCUGCUGCCCCCCUCCACACCUCCAGCCUUCACCUCCUCCUCCUCGAAGCCUCCAGCCUCGCGGAGCCGGAGGAAGUCUGCCCACACGGUGCUGAUGGAGGAUGACAGCUCAGACGAGUCCAGAGGCUGCGGAGCUUUGGCCGCAGUCGCAGACGACCCACAGCGAUCCAGAGCGAAGAAAAGGAGACGUCUUUAUAAGUCUGACUCUGAAGGCUUCAGUUCUCCUGCAUCUUUACCUCAGACUAAAGUCCACACUGAGGUGCGGCGCCCCCUGGAAGCCAAACCUUUCCCUGUUGGUAUCAGGACGAUUGGCAGCUUCACCGGCGCCAUGACCAACAGCCGCCUGCUGCCGACCAAUCGCAGCCCUGCGUCCCUCAAACAGGAAGUGGGGACAGCCUAUCAUGUACAGGCUGUCGCAAACCCAAACAUGGCCGCCAUCAGAGGGAAGCCGGUGCAUCGCUCUCCGCAGGCGGCGAGGGGAAGGAGGCGUGCCAACAGCUCCCCCGUCUUCUCCCCUCUGGUGGUUGGAGGAGAGAACUACAGCCGCGCCUCACCCUCUGUGCGCAUCAGGAACGAGGAGCGCAGCCGCCUGCAGUUCAACCGAUUCCACCACCACACCGGUAAGAGACGCGGCCGGCCUCGCAAACACCCUCUCCCCCCUCGGCCCUCGCUGCCCUCCCCCUCUUCCUCCUCUUCUAGCUCCAGCUCCUCCUCUUCCUCCUCUGGCUCCUCCUCUUCCUCCUCCGAAGAUGACGAGGAGGAGGAUGAAGAGGAGGGGGAGGUGAGUGUGAGCGCAGUGGAGCCGUGUGCCGCAGCACGCUGUAAGCUCCCGCAGCAGGACACGGUGCAGUGGAUCCAGUGCGACGUGUGCGACGCCUGGUUCCACAUCGACUGCCUCCACAUCGACCGCAAAAAACUGCUGCGAGAUCCCAACGCAGACUUCCACUGUGGCUGCCGCUGA